CCAGUCUUGACACAGGCAUCGCACCAGACGCUUCAACAUGUCAAAAUUUGAUGGUGCUAAACCGAACUGAACACUAGGGACAUCGACUCUGGCUGACAACAUGAAAUCAACCCUCGUACUUUGGUCAAUUGCAUAUUUCCUUCAUUUAUCAGGGUUGCAUGCAAUUGAAAGAAUUAGCUGUGGACCUGGAUUCAACAAAACGACCCCAGUCAAAGGCAGGAUCGAUACGAGUACCAGGCUAGCAGCAUUGAGAACCGAAUUGUGGAAAGAUCGUUUGCUAGAAGGAUAUAUCAUCACAAAUUUCAAUGAACACCAAAGUCAAGAACUGGAGCCUGGUGACAGGCGGUUGCAGUUUAUAUCCGGAUUCGCUGGUAAAAAAGGCGUCGCAGUCGUGACAAAGAGCAAAGCUGCGAUUUGGGUGGAUCCAAAUGAACUAGUACAAGCUAAUGAAAUGCUCUCUUGUGAUUGGAUACUUUACAGCUCAAUUAACUCUGAAGUGGAAAUGGAAGAUUGGAUUGUAAAGAAUAUCAGGCAACACCAAAAAAUUGGAGUCGAUGAUAAGUUAAUACCUUAUAACUAUAUUUCUGAUGAUUUAAGGAAAAAAGUAAAAAUUAUAAACAAGCCAAAUUUGAUUGACAUGAUAUGGAAGAACAAGCCAACUCCCCCAAAAAUUGAAGUUAAAUCGAUUGACAUUUCUUACACUGGCAAAAGUUGGAUGAAAAAAGUUGCAAAACUGAGGGAUAUUUUCGAGGAUGGAAAAUGUGACGUUUUGAUUUUUACAGCAUUGGAUGAAAUUGCAUGGCUACUUAAUGUCAGAGCUAUGCAUGUAAAUUAUUUACCAAUGGUGAAAUCAUACUUGAUACUCACUAAGAAUAAAAUUUGCUUAUUCAUGGAUGCUGAUAAAGUCCAUAAAUCCAUGAAUAUAUCGUUGCAGAUGUUUAGCUGUUACAACAAGGACUGUGUAACCCUUUAUAAUUAUGAUGCAAUUAUCUCACAUUUGAACACCUACUCACAAAUUUGGAAGGCUGUUUGCAUUCCACAAGAUGGGCCGUUUCCUGUAAUAAACCGGGCCAUUUAUAACUCUAUUGAACCGAAAAUACAUUACAUUAAUGAAUCUCUAGUUUUAAAAUUGAAAUCGAUUAAAAAUACUGUUGAAAAGGUCGGAAUGAGAGAUGCUCAUUUAAGGGAUGCUUCUGUGUUUUGUGAUAUAAUGGGCUACCUUGAAGACAGGGUCAAAAGAGAAAAAUGGAAUGAAGCACAAGUUGCCAGUUAUGUUGACGGUAUGAGAAAAGAGCAGCAGUUUUCAACAGGCAUCAGUUAUGAAACACAAGUCGCUUUCGGACCGCACAGCGCUUACAAUUAUUACAUUAACAAUGAAACAACCAUCCAAUUAGAUAACUCUAGUGUUUUUAUAAUAGACGCAGGAGGGCAAUAUCUCGAUGGUACUACUUCAGCAGCAAGAACAUUCCAUUUUGGGACUCCAACUGAUGAACAGAUUGAUAUAUAUACAAGAAUGCUUAAAGGUUUGAUAAAUUAUUCAGCAUUGGUGUUCCCGCCAGAUCUCAAAGCUCAAUCGACAGACAUGUUGAUGAGAGCACCACUCUGGGAAGUUGGGUACGACUACCAACAUCCGACGGCACAUGGCAUCGGUUCACAAUUAGCAGCAGAAGAAGGGCCUAUAUUGGUUGACAGGGAAUACAGAACAGAUGAGUUCUACGAAGGAAAUUUUAUCGUAGCUGGUUCAAGUUUCUCAAAAGAAAACAGUUAUGGAAUUAAACUUAAAAAUGUUUUAGAAGUGAUCAAAGAUGAGUCGUUCAUCAAAUUAAAUGGACAAAUAAUGGGAAACAACUUGGCUUUUCAACCUACAACUCUCAUUCCAUUUGAACCAAAGCUAAUCAAUAUGAAGCUCCUUAGUCCUCAAGAAAUAAUGUGGAUUAACAUGUACAAUACAAGGAUCAGGAACGAAGUUGGUGAUCAACUGAAAAGGGAGAGGAGGACGAGAGGGUUUAAGUGGAUGAUGGAAAAGGCUCAGAACAUUCCUGAUAAAUUCCUAGAUCACACGUCAAAUUCCAUUCCUCUUUCUUACUUCCAUAACAGUUUGUUUACUGUCGCCAUAACACUCUUAAUUAUCCAACUGUAUUAGUUCAAGUGUAAAGAAAAAUGAAAAAAAAUGUAAAUAUCUCAAAUAAAUUAAUUAGUUUGAUCUAUAAAAAGUACAACUAUUCAUACUUAAGUGCCUAUUUAAAAUGUUUGGAUAUAUUGCUAGUUUAUUUUAGAAAUGGCUACAAUAAAAAAAUAUCAACCAUUCCAUCAGGGAAGCCAAACGCAUGGGAUUCCUUGCAAAGUUAUCAUGGAUUGAAAUUUUGAAGAUUUUUGUCAAUAACAAUUAUUUAGUUUGGAUCAGUUUUGGCUUCAAUUUUUCAAAAUAUC